AUGUCGGAUCCGCUGGUAAAAGAAGAGGAUAUGCAACAUCGGCCAGAAUCCCCACCGCUGGGCCUACUGGAUCCGUCUAGAAUACAGAAUCCACUAGCAAAUGAACAAAUCCAUCAGAUUCCAAAGCAAGAGAUGCCACAGCAACAAAUGCCACAGCAGCAAAUGCCACAUGCAUCUGGAUUUGUAAUGCCAGAACAACCGAGACAACAGCCUCCGCCACAAAAUUGGCAACGAACUCCGACCAUGAGCCCGGCCAACAUUUUUCAAGCAGGAUCCGUAACUCCGGGAAGCCAACGAAGCUCGACAGGGACACCGAAUCAUCCGAUGGGUUGUCCUCCACAACAGCAGUUUUUCCAUGGCGAAAGCCCGAUUCAAUCCCAAGGAGCUCCAAUGACUCCUCAAAGCGCUGGUCCCCCACCCGGAUCAAACUGUGGAACUCCGCAAAGUGCAGGCGCUCCAAACUCUGGAGGAGCCCCGUACGAUUAUCAAGCUGCACAGAUGCAACAACAGCAACAUGCACAGGCAAUGGCAGUAGCUGCUGCUCAACAACAGUCUGCUCAACAACAGGCUGCCCAACAGGCUCAACAGGCUCAACAGCAACAAUAUGUAGGACAACCAAACCCUCAACAAAUGCACGACUCCCCGUUUCGUCAGCAUCCAAUGAUGGGAAUGCAUCAACACCCUGGUCAUUCGGCCCAAUAUCCACCUGGAUAUCCUCCUAAUCUCAGAGAGUGCCUUAUCCACAAGGAGCGAGUCAGCCAGAGGGCUCUAGUUUCUCAAAGCAUACGUUCAGUCAACUAUUCUUUAGCCUAUCCUGCUGGAAUGCCAGGACCGCCGGGUCCCAUGACGCCAGUAUACCCUCCACCAACACCUACUGCCAAUCGAACAACUCCAGGAUCCGCAGGACCAGUAUCCGGACCACCUGGAACGCCUCAAAGGCCACAGUAUCCACAAGGAACGAAUCCCCAACCACCACCACAGCCACAGUUUACGUAUCCACCAGCACAACAGAUGACACCCACUGGCCAGCUUCCAGGAUAUCCUGGAAUUCCUGGAACCCCUACUUUUCCAUCUCCAGCUCAUCAGAUGUAUCGUCAGGGACCCCCGACAGCUCCAGCAGGAAUGCCAGGAAUGCGACAACAGUACAUCUCUCCACAACAGCAGCCAGUGCCACCUGGAACGCCUCAUAGAUUCGCUCCUCAGGCUGCUGCGACGUCGUCUCCACAUUUUGCUCCCGCUCCAGGCAACGAUCUCCGAUCUCCUUCACUGAUGUCUCCAAACCAACAGCAAUCCCAACAACAUACUCCAGUAUUACCAAGGGCAAUACACAAUGAAAUGCCUCCACAUCCAAUGCGUCCGGUUACCCUACCAUCUCAGCAACUUCCACCUCCUCAAGGAACUCCUCAACCACCGCUUUCUGCUACAUCUGUUCCUCCACAAUCAGUCAAUCAAUUCGUUUAUCGACAAGGACCGCCACCAGGUCAAAUGCAUCACGAUCCAUUCCCGGUCCAAAUGAAUUCGGAUCCUGAACUUUUCCUGGCAGGGUUUCAUUUUUACUGUUUCGAUUCGGAUAGGAUGUUUCAAGACAAACUGGAUCGGAAGAAUCUUGAAUUUAUGAUAAGGUUCCAUGGAGGUGAAAUCGAGUUUGAGCCAUCUAAAUUCUCAGAAAAAGUUCACCAAGUCACUCAUGUCCUCAUCGAUUCCUGCCGUAAUCCGAACGUCCGGCAAUCACUAGAACUUAAAAAACGAAUUAUAUCGAUGCAGUGGAUAGCAGAUGUAUUAGAAAAAGAAAAAGCAGACAUUCCAUGGAAAUUGGCUCAUUUACCACCUCCUUUCUAUGGCACUUUCAUACCAUACCUGGGAAAGCUUUUUGCAUUAUCUGGAUAUGAUGAAUCUGAGCGAGGAGCGAUUUCAUUUAUGGUUGAAGCGAUGGGAGCUAAGAUCACUCCUUUCUUCUCGAGAAAAAACGAUUUACUAAUUGCCAAAUCACCUUCUGAAAAAGUAACAAAAGCUCAAGAAUGGAAAGUUCCUGUGGUUAACUUCCAAUGGUUGGCCGACGCUUACGUCUGUGCAAGUGGACUUCCGCACGUCGAAAACCCUCGAUACCAAGUCGGACAGGAGUGCCAAAACGUUAAUGGAAGUCCCAGUCAAAUUGAAAUAUCCAGUAAUGAAUUUGCAGCAAUGAUAUGUUGUUGGAAACAGCCAUGUAUAAUUGGAGAUCAGGAUUACGACAAAGCACAAGCAUACCGGAAGGAAUUACAGAGCAAUCCAUAUUACUUCCCUGCUCAUAAAGUAUCGACCCAAUCAGCUGCUCCAACAGACGAAGAAAUAGAAGCUUCGGUGACGAGUAUUGAGAAAAAAGAGCAGGAAUGGAAAGAUCACAUGGAUAAACUGAAAGAGCACCCAAUUCACAAGGAUCUUCAUCUAGUUCCCAAACCGUCACCUCGGGUAUCUGCAUGGUUUGGAGAUGCAAUCGAUGAGGAAAACUUGGAAAUUUUGAAAAAGAAAGUCAAGUUUCUCGGUGGAAAAUGUGUCGAUAAAAUUGAACAUGCUACUCAUGUGGUAAUGAUGUCUGGUCGAAGAAGUUUAGCUCUUUUGGAAUCGAUUAUAAGAGGAAAAAAUAUUGUUGUUCCUGAAUGGAUAGUCGACAGUUACAAAUAUAAGAAUUGGUUGGAUACAAUGGAAUACUUUCUUCGAGACAGAGAUCUGGAAAAAGAAUUCGCAUAUAAUUGUAAAAGAAGUGUUCUACGAGCUCGUCAUAAGCCUGUUUUCGAAGACAUUGAGUUUCAUGUGACCCGAUUUGUAGAGCCAAAUCAGAAGGAUUUAAUUCGAUUAAUUGAGCUGAGCGGUGGAAAGAUACAUCUGAACAGGCCGGAUCCAAAAUAUUUAGCGCAUUGUGUUGAGAUAGAACAUCCGUUUAUCAUUAUUUCCUGUCACAAUGAUGCUCGAUUUUUGAGUUAUUUAGGAAAUGCCAACUUGCCUAUCUACAAUGUGGACCUUAUUCUAUUCGCAAUGCUCCGACAAGUAGUAGAACCUCUUCCCCAAUUCCGCAUUCCUAUUCCGAUUGUUGUCAAACCACCCCGACCACCUCCAUACAGUGAUGACAAAGAAGCGUCUUCUGCGGUCAGCCCAACACCAAUGGAAGUAGGAGCAGCAUAA